CCACCAAGUUCACACUCGGGUGCUGCUGGGAUAACUGGACGCGGGAACCACCAACGCCAUCGGAUCGGUUCAUACAUCAUGUCUAGCAAGCGACGCCGCACCGACAGUCCUUCCGAGGAGGCCCACGAGUGUGGCCAUGUGGCUUCGUCCGUUGUAGCAGGAUCGAACGUCAUUGCACUCUCGCCUGGCAACGAGAACGACGCCUCGACAUCUUCAACCGUGGACGGUCCCGCAUUGUUGGCCGAACUCGACCACAAGUACGCGUUCCUGUCGUCGCUGGUCCAAGAGUUCCGAGACGAACUGAAUGUGCCGUCGACAGCAGCGUUUGCUUCUGACCAGGAGUGGUUUUGGUUCAUGGAGAUGAAGUUCUUCAUCACGUUCUUGCACCAGAUGUCGUACAUGGAGUUGGCACUUUCGUCAACCAAACCGGACUCGUUGACGCAUUUUGGACAAGAUCAAAUGCAAAAGAAUCGCGUGCAUCAAUCGGACCGUGACGAAAUGAUUGCGCGAUUGACGUUCAUGGGGCGCUUGCUCGAGUACGUGUCGUGGGUCGGUGCGACGCGGCUGGCCAUCACGUCGCCGUUGCCUCGGGUACACCGCCUCGCCAAGGAGUACGACUUGACACCAAAAGAGCUCGACCUGUUCCAGCUCAUGGUGAUUUUCCAAGGCUGCCAGAGCACGACCGUGCGGUCGCAAUUGAUCGAAGAAGAUGUGAACCGAAAGAUGAUGAUGUUUCAGCGGCUAGCGUGCAUUUCCGAGAUCGACAUGGAGGAGUUUGUCGAUGACAACCGCGUCCACGUCAAGGAAGGUACCGUGAUUGCAGAAGUCGACAACUACACGACGGUCCUGUCACUCUCGUCCAUUUGCGUGCGCGUGUGCCUCGGCCGCUCGCUCACUCCCAACCACAUGCUCAAAGUGAGCCAGACGGCGCUGGAAGACUUGCUCCGGGCCGAAGGGUGCAACAUUGAGCAAGCGAUGGAAUUAGUCGUAGAGGACGAACUCGUGGAUGAUGGCGCUCCAAAACAUCGGUACGCUCGCGAGUCCAUGUCGCCAGACUCGGACGGCCAUCACGGGUCACAUCACGAACACGGCCAUCGCGUGGCAUUUGACGACGACGACGAUGCCAUCGCUGGCAUGGAAGACUCUGGAAGCAGCGACGAAAAGGACGAAGACAUUUCAUCCUUCAUUGGGUCGUACAAAAAGAAUCGUCGUCAGAAACAUGAGCAGCCUGACGCUGUGAACGGCGGGCUCGUCGCUGAGCCACCUGCUGCGUCAUACAUGCCCUACAACCCCGACAAUCAACUCGAGUACUUGGAAGAUCGAUUCCAAGUGGUGGCCUUUGCGAUCCGGGCGUCUGGUGCGCGUGUGAAGGACCAAAUGAAGGAGGCUGGUACCAAGCAACCGUGGGGCGAGAGCUAUGGCAACCCAAUGACGGCUGGGCGGCGGGAGCUCAAGGCCAAGCAGCGCAUGCACGACCGCAAGGUCAUGCAUCGGUUGAUGGCGACGCGUGCCGGUCAAAUUCCACUGCCGCGGCUGGAAGAAAUGGCGACAAAGUUCAAGCUCAACACUUUUGAACAAAACGUGAUUGUGAUGCUGAUCGGCAAGACGAUCUCGCCCGUACUCAAAAACCUCCUCGAAGGCGUCGACACGUCGGCCGUCCAGCGCAUGGACGAAAGCAUCACAGUCAACCAGAUCUUGAGCGUAUUUUGCGACACAUUUCAGGAACAGGUUGCGCAUCGCGUGUUCUUUUACAAGUCGGCGCGGCUAUUGCAACGCGGUCUGGUCAAGCUCAACAGAGGGCGAUGGCAUGCCAGUGGCGGGGACCUCGUCGACCAGCGCGUCGAGCUGGACCGGCGGGUGCUGGAUUGGGUCGUCGGCCUCGAUACCGAAAUCAACGAACUCGUGGAAGGCAGCGACCUGUACAACCCCAAGGUCCAGUUAAGCCAGGUCGUCCUUCCUGACGAGUACAAGCAAACGAUUUUAUCCACAGUCACAGCAUACGAACACUUUCGAACGUAUCGCAAGACAAGCGGCCUGGACCAGACAUUAAGCUACGGCACGGGGCUCGUGCUGCUGCUGUGUGGUGCCAGCGGCACGGGCAAGACGAUGACUGUGAAUGCAGUCGCGCAUCAUCUGAAGAAGCGCGUGCUCCUCGUGGAUUUCCCGUCGCUCCAGGGCAAGGCGUCGCAGGACCGCGGGGGCGAAUGCGACGCUGACUUGCGGGGGCUCUUUCGAGAAGCCGACAUGAGCAACGCGAUUCUGUUUUUUGACGAAUGCGAGUCGAUUUUCAAGCAGCGAGAAAUGGGCGGCGACCGAUUGCUCAACGCCCUGUUGACAGAGAUGGAGCGCUACGAAGGGAUUGUGUUUUUGGCGACAAACCGACCGUUUGACCUGGACGAAGCGAUGCACCGCCGCAUCACGGCCGUCUUUGAGUACAAAGCGCCAGACCACAUUCAGCGCCGCGAAAUUUGGCGAGUCCUCGUGUCGGGCAAGCUCAAGUGCAGUCCGGACAUCGACUGGGAUGCCAUUGCGCUCAAGUACGAGCUAUCGGGUGGAUUCAUCAAGAAUGCGAUCCUGUCGGCCCUGCUUAAAGCCAUCGGCCGCAACGCGACGGAUCCCGUCAUUAGCCACGAGGACAUCGUGACAGGGUGCGCGCUCCAGAUGCGCGGCAGUUUGCACAUGAAGACUUUCGACCACCGCGUGGUGCCGACGACCGGCCUGGACGCCUUGAUCGUUGCCGACACGGUUCGCACGACGUUGGCCGAAGUCGUCCAGUUUGAGAAGGCGCGCAAUGUGAUCUACGGCCAGUGGAACUUUGACUUUGGCCUCACGACCAAGUACAACAAGAAGAACCAAAAGGGGAUUUCGGUGCUGCUCAUCGGCCCGUCCGGCGUCGGCAAGAUCAGCGCGGCCAAAGCGAUCGGGUUCGAAGUCGGCCGGCCGCUCAAACUCGUCCACUUUGCCCAACUCCAGUGCGACUCGGCCGCCGACACCCGCCGCGCCCUCCAAUCCACGUUUGACGAUGCCCGACUCAUGGACGCUGUCUUGGUGCUGGAAGGGUUUGAAAUGUUUGGGAUGGACGCCCAUGGCCAAGUGGACGCCGACUCGCCAAGGUUUCGAGUUGAGGCGCAGCGACUCAUGGACAUGGUCGACACGUUUCCUGGGAUUGCCAUCCUCGUCGCGACAACCACGCAAUCUGUGACAAACCUCGACCACGAAUUCUCGCGCCGCCUCAAGUUUCUGAUCGAGAUGCGCCCACCGACGCCGUCGCUCCGCACGCUCUUGUGGCGGUCGUUCUUCCCCCCCACAGCCCCCCUUGCCGCCGACGUGGACUUUGAUAAACUCGGCAUGCGAUUUGAAUUGUCCAACGAUGCCAUGAGCAAUGCGGUCUUCCGCGCGGCCGCCGUGGCGGCGCUUCGACCUGAAGACUCGCGGCACAUCACGAUGAAGGAUCUUGUGCAUGCCGCCGAGUUGGAAAAGAAAAAAGGACGGAACAACGACAUGCGAGAUCGAUUGUUUGUGUAAUUUAUACCCAUCGACACGUGAUAAAGCCCUGUCUAUCCGUCGC